GCUGUUCUUAAGCGGCUUCAGAUUUUUAAGGCAAAGGCUUGUUUGAGGGAAAUUCACGCAAAAAUGCUGCGCAAACAUCUUGAGCAUCUUGAGAAACCAUUGGAGAGUCGCGAUGUAGAGGUGGAAGAAGAGACAUUGAGGACUAAUGAGGAAGAUAUGGAGCAUGAUCAAGACGAGGUUAGAGCUAUGUCUCCGGAGCUCUUCUUGAAUGAGGAGGCUAAGGAGAAGGAGGUGGAGGAAGAGGAAGAAGAUGAUGAUGAAGAGGCUGGUUCUUAUUCGCCUGUGUUAAUGCACGGUGAUGACAAAGAAGAAGCAGUUGAUCCUGAAGAAGACAGGGCAAUACUUGAGAGGAAACGUAUGGCUGUUUUGGAAGAGAGACGUGCACAAGAUAAGGUUUUGACACCAACUCCCGCAGAAGACAACAACUUUGAGAAGAAAGCAUUUAAAUCUAUGGGAGUGAUGGAGGAAGGGGAUGCAGUAUUUGGCUCAAACGACGAAAUUAAUCUUGAUUCACAGGUGUACUGGUGGCACGACAAGUAUAGGCCGAGGAAACCGAAGUAUUUCAACCGUGUUCAUACUGGUUAUGAAUGGAACAAGUAUAAUCAAACUCAUUAUGAUCACGAUAACCCCCCUCCUAAGAUUGUGCAGGGAUACAAAUUCAAUAUCUUUUAUCCUGAUCUCGUUGACAAAGCAAAAGCUCCAACUUAUGUCAUAGAGAAAGAUGGAGAUAGUGCUGAUACUUGCAUCAUAAAGUUCCAUGCUGGCCCUCCUUAUGAGGAUAUAGCUUUUCGAAUUGUUAACAGGGAAUGGGAGUACUCUCAUAAAAAGGGGUUCAAGUGCAUAUUCGAUCGAGGAAUUCUGCAUCUGUAUUUUAACUUCAAGCGUCACAGAUACCGUCGUUGAUGGGCUUCAAGAAGUAAACAGUUUGUUGCAAGGUUCAGCUUUAUGAAUUUCUUGUUUAUGUACUUUUUAGGCCAGUUUAUAUGUGAUUUGAUUCAUGAAGAAUUUUGUAAACUGGCCAUAAUGUGUGUAAUCCAAAGCUGAGGGCUCUUCUGAUUAACUUAUGCUAAUAGUAAGUGAAGUCACUGUUGCCUGGCAACCUUAUAAGGUUAGCCCUUUCAGUCUUCCUCAAGUUUCUUCGCAUGCUCUGUAACUUACAUUAAGCUAAUGAUUUCUAUUUCCUCCAA